AGUGCAGUAGAUCAGACAGCUCUGAGAGCCGAGGCUGUGCUCUGAGCAGGGUGAGGGCUGACAAGGCUGUCCUCCAUGUUUAAAUAAGCAUUGAUAUAUCACACAGAGUUUGUUAGCCAUGCAUCCACAGAGGUUCGUCUUGACAUACAGGGGAGAGGGAGGCUGUCUGCCUGGCACCUCACACACAGAGUGCAGCCCGGAAGGAGAACAGAGCACAGCAGUCAUGAGACAAGAUGACUUCCCGGACACAGAGGAGGAGAUUUAAUGGAUGACAAUUAUUGACCUGAGGAAGACAGUUUCCUCUGGGGGACUUGUGGAUAGGAUUGUGGCUUGAGAAGCAAGAGAUCCAGGCUGCCUGACCUGGCCUCUCAAAAUGGCAGGCUUUGCUGAGGAGUUCUUCAGCAGCAGGAGGAGAGAGUGGGGAGCUGAUAUUUGGGGAGGGAAGCAGCGCUGCUAUUAACAUAUGUGUGUCUGAGGAGGAGGAGGAGGGGAAGAAUGAGACAGACACUGUAGAGGGAAUGGAGAUCUCAACACGAUCCAAAGCAGUUUCAGACGUGGGGUCUGGGCUGGAGCGGGUUGCCCAGAAACGCAAGGUGCCAAGCCCCUCCCAGUCGUCCAAUGGCCACUCGUCGGCGGAGACGACCCCGAGUCCCUCCAAGAAGAAGAGGAAACCCGGGCCGUUGGGCGGGAACAAAGACCAGUCAGAGCUGAGACACGGCCCCUUCUAUUACGCCAAGCAGCCGGCGCUCAACACGGACCCCGUGGACACGGCCCCGCAGGACGGCAGGAACGACUUCUACUGCUGGCUGUGCCACCGCGAGGGCCAGGUGCUCUGCUGCGAGCUCUGCCCCCGGGUGUACCACGCCAAGUGCCUCAAACUGCCCGCCGAGCCCGAGGGAGACUGGUUCUGUCCCGAGUGUGAGAAAAUAACAGUUGCAGAGUGUAUAGAGACCCAGAGCAAAGCCAUGACGAUGCUCACCAUAGACCAGCUAUCGUUCCUGCUAAAGUUUGCCCUGCAGAAGAUGAAGCAGCCAGGUGACCACCCCCGCUUGUCAUCUCACCCCCCCCAUGCAGCUUCCACGCAGAGAAAGACUUUUAAUUGGACCGAACCCUUCCAGAAACCUGUCUCUCUGGAACAGCACCCAGAUUAUGCUGAGUAUAUUUUUCACGCGAUGGAUCUUUGCACACUAGAGAAGAACAUAAAAAAGAAGAUGUAUGGAUGUACAGAGGCCUUCUUGGCAGAUGCCAAAUGGAUUUUACACAACUGCAUAAUAUACAAUGGAGGCAAUCACAAACUCACAGCAACGGCUAAAGUAAUAGUCAAAAUCUGUGAACACGAAAUGAACGAGAUUGAAGUUUGUCCUGAGUGCUAUUUGUCAGCAUGCCAAAAGAGGGACAAUUGGUUCUGUGAGCCGUGUAGUAACCCCCAUCCUCUUGUCUGGGCUAAACUGAAAGGAUUUCCGUUUUGGCCCGCCAAAGCUUUACGAGACAAAGACGGACAGGUGGACGCACGCUUUUUCGGACAACACGACAGGGCGUGGGUCCCUUUGAACAAUUGCUACCUCAUGUCCAAAGAGAUUCCCUUUUCUGUGAAAAAGACCAAGAGCAUCUUCAACAGUGCCAUGCAAGAGAUGGAGGUCUACGUGGAGAACAUGAGGAAGAAGAUCAGUGUUUUCAACUACGCCCCCUUCAGGACACCAUACACCCCCGACAACAACUUCCAGAUGCUGCUGGAUCCUUCCAACCCGUCGUCCACCUCGGUCAAACCCGAGAAACAGGAGAAGAUCAAGAUGAACUUCGACAUGACCAUGUCUCCCAAGGUUCCCCUGGUCAGGAGCCUAGGGUCCGGCCCGGGUAUGGCUGGAGGCACAACGGCCCGGAGGGUCUCCGUCAGUGACCUGCCGCGCUCCCCCAUGAGCACCAACUCCUCCGCCCACACGUGUUCCGACGGGGAGCAGGAGUCGGCAGACAAGCCCCCGACCAAAGGCCCGAGCCACCAGUAUAGCACUGGAGAGGAGUCCAUGGACUGCACAGCAUCUUCGGCAUGCACGCAACCCACUCCCAUAAGCUCUUCCUCAGACACCUCCAAACCUUUCCGUUCUCCAGCUACCGGCCCGCCGGUGGUUGCAAAGCAGGAGAAACCUCUCCCCACAGCAAGUAUUCUAAACCUCAACCUAGAUCGCAGCAAAGCAGAGAUGGACCUGAAGGAGUUGAGUGAGACAGUCCAGCAGAGGCAGGGAGUGACCCAAGUUCUGACCUCACCGAAGAGACAGAUUAAGAGCCGUUUUCAGCUGAACUUGGAUAAAACCAUUGAAAGUUGCAAAGCACAACUGGGUAUAGAUGAGAUCUCUGAAGAUGUGUAUAAGGGGGUGGAGCACAGCGACUCUGAGGAAUCCGACAAAUCAGACUCCAGCGACAGUGAAGAUGCCAGCGAUGAGGAGCGGAAGCCAAAGGACGCUCCAGACGCCCCGGCCAGUGACCAAACACCGAAGGAGCUUUCUGUUCCCAAAGUCCCCGAGCCCUCUUCCCCCCACAAAGACACUAAGAGCAGUCCUGAAAACGCAGUGGGAUCAAAAUCGGCCUCUGAUAAUCCCAGUCCCCCAGCAGCAGAUGACCCACUGAAAGAUAGAGCAGGCACCGACAGUGAUAAAAGGAGCCCAGACGGGAAUAAAGUGGCCUCGGCGUCCCCUGUGCCUCGAGAGAAGCCCCCGUUGAAAGAGGCGGUGCAGCGGUCCGUCCCAGUAGAGGACUCGGACUCUGAGAGGGAGCUGGUCAUCGACCUGGGAGAGGAGCAGGCCGGAAAAGAGAAAAAGAGAGCUAGAAAGGACAACACAUUGGCUAAGUCAACUCCUGCCAAGGCAGAAGGCAAAGUCCAACCGGUGGCAGUCACCCUUUCCCAAAGCCCCGCUGCUCCCUCCACCUCCUCCAGCGGGGCCCCCCAGCCUUCACCGCUCGCCAUCCCUGUGACCAUGGUCCCCCUCCCCGCCACCUCCCCCGUGGUCAUCAGCGCCGCCCCGUUAUCCACCGCCACCCUGACGGCUGCCCUGCCCGCCGCCCCGGCCACGCCCACGCCCACGCUGAAGAAGCAGCGGCCCCUGCUGCCCAGAGAGACGGUGCCGGUGGUGCAGCGGGCCGUGGUGUGGAACCCCACGACCAAGUUCCAGACCUCCUCGCAGAAGUGGCACAUGCAGAAGGUCCAGCGGCAGCAGUUGAACCAGCAGCCCGCCGCCGACUCCACGCAGCCGCAGGAGGUCUCCCCGGGGCCCGGCCCGGCCCUGACACAUCCAGCCCAGACCCAGGCCCUGGCAGCAGCCGCCCCGCCACUGACCCCAUCGCAGCCGGCGCAAAGCACUCGCUACCAAACCAGGCAGGCGGUCAAAGCAGUUCAACAGAAAGAUAGUCCAUUAAGCAGUUCACCUUCAUCAGCCGUUACCCUGGUGACCAGCAGCACGGCUUCUGCGGCAAUGGCGGCAGUGUCUAGCACAGCGUGCUCCUCCUCCUCGAUGCCUGGAGAUGUGCAGAUCCCUAUUGCCUCGGCUGACGUGGCGGCAGAUAUUGCCAAAUAUACCAAUAAAAUAAUGGAUGCAAUCAAAGGAACAAUGACUGAAAUCUACAAUGACCUUUCCAAGAGUACCUCAGGGAAUACAGUAGCAGAGAUACGGCGGCUAAGAAUUGAAAUAGAGAAACUCCAGUGGCUUCAUCAGCAAGAGUUAUCCGAAAUGAAGCACAACCUGGAGCUGACCAUGGCAGAGAUGAGGCAGAGUCUGGAGCAGGAGAGAGAGAGGCUGGUGGCGGAGGUGAAGAAGCAGAUGGAGGUGGAGAAGCAGCAGGCGGUGGACGAAACAAAGAAGAAGCAGUGGUGUGCUAACUGCAGGAAGGAGGCCAUCUUCUACUGCUGCUGGAACACCAGCUACUGCGACUACCCCUGCCAGCAGGCCCACUGGCCGGAGCACAUGAAGUCCUGCACGCAGUCAGCCACUGCCCCCCAGCAGGAGGUGGAGACAGAGCCUGCUACAGAGGGUUCAAACAAGAGUUCAGGACCACCCAACAGUGUCCCGGUGCCCCUCAGAGAACCUGCAGUCCCUCCUCUGUCGGAUAAGGACAGCAACUUAGAGAAGAGCUCAGAGACUGUUAGUCAUAACCCAUCUUUCCAAACUUGACUAUGUACAGCGGUAAAAAAUUAACAGCAAAAUGCUAAAACAAUGGUGUCUUUACAAACUCCAGCUAUGGGAUCAACCUAUAGGAUAGCUUAUUUGCUUCCUUUAGUUUCUUCUCUUUUUAUGAACCGGUGUACACCCUGAGCUCCACGGACUCAACUCUUUUCAAUGUUACCAAAUGCACAUAAGGACUACAUGUCCCAGUGAUCCAAUUUAUAUAUUUUCCCCCACUUUUCUUUGCCAGUGCCAAUAUCGUGGACAGCCUAAGCAGCCUUUUGUGUAGGGAAAGAAUUGAUCAUGUAUAUGAAAAAGAAGAUCAAAAAUCCAAUGAUAUUGGCCACAUUAUUCUUUUGCUCAAAAGGACUAUCGAAAGGAAUGUCUGUGAAUUUCUGUAAUAUAUAUUUAUUAUGGUUCUUGUAAUAUUGCCUCAUGUAUAGUAAAGAAAAGGUUUUUUUUUAUGUGGGAAAGCCUGUGAUUUUAAAGAUUGUUUUGUCAUAUUCUCAAUGUCCUUGUUAGUUCUUGUCUCAAAUCCAUCUUGUAGCAGUCUGUCAUUAAAGAAUUAACCCCAAAUGAUAUUGUAAUUAUAAAAGUACAAAGGUACAAAAUUUAAAUUUAGAAUUAUAUUACAUUUCAGAACAAUGCAGAACUGUAAAUAUUUUACCAAUUGUUGCCUUUUUUAUUUCAUUAUUUAUUGUGAUAUUUUUUUUCAGAUCAGUCCACUUGCUUUUCAUUGGAGGCACUUACACGAUUGUUGUAUUAUGCUGUACAGUAAAUUUUAUGUUGAGGAAAAUAACUAAGACUCUGAUGUUUUAAUCGCUGAAUCACCAAUAAAAGAGAAGGAGAAAUGAC